AUGCUUUUGAAGAACAUUCUUGCUUCCGGACUCGCCAUUGCUAGCAUGACUACCGCUCUUCCUACUGAUGGAGACUACGAAUUGAGCCUCGAUAAGAGAAAUGGUCAGCCACAACAGUGCAAGCCCCAGAACUCCUGGUGCUGCCAGUACGUUGCUCCUAUCAGCAUCCUCUGGUUUGGCGGCUUUGGAUCAGGCUGCAAGCAAGCUCAGUGGGGAGGUCAAUGCCAGCAAGGCAGCUCGCCUCUUUGCUGCCAGGGUAGUCAGCUCGUCGCCAACGAAAAGGGUGGCUCUCAAGUCGCCUGCAUCCUGUAG